AUGUUCUCCACGUUUUCCGCCCUCAACUCCACUGAUCGUCCGGAACAGCCCGCUCCACCCCGUCCCAAGCGGAAUCAGGUUGCGCGGGCCUGCGACUGGUGCCGCCUCAAUCGCAUCAAGUGUGACGACAGGCUGCCAUGCCAAAAUUGCAAGAGUCGUGGCGGCCACUGCAGUAACACCAAACAAUUUGGAACCCAGUCACUGAAAGCCGCGAAUCGGGAGAUACAUCGACUACGAAACCGACUCAAAGAUUUUCAGGAGGAACUGGAUAAACUGACCGAAGAAUCGAAAAGACAGCCUGGAGCCGCUAAGCAUUCAUCCCAACAUCCCUUGGAUGCCUCCAGCUCCAGCUCGAGCACUGUACCAUCAGCCGAACUUCCAGAAUUGCAUCGCACAACAUGGAAUGGCUUUCAAAAUCCAGAGUCCCAAACGGGACGGGUGAUCCAUUUUGGCCCUUUCUCCUCGCCAUACAUGGUGAUGCGCCUGAACCGAUACAUGUCCGAAUCUUCCCACCAACAGCCUCUCAAAUUUCCUUUGCCAAUCCGCCUCUCACAGAUAAACCAAUAUUCGCCAACAAAUUCACUGGGUCAGUUAUCGGAUGAAGCGGAACGACCCAGACUGCGUCUAGGACCAGUCGUGGCCGAGGACCUACCAAGGGAGCAGGAGGAAAACUUCUUGGUGCUCAUGUGGCAGUCUUAUCAUUGCAUAUAUCCCAUUAUCAUAGAGGAGGAUUUCCGGGAUUAUUACAAUACCUUAUGGGCUGGAACCAAAGAUCAGGGCCCCCGCCAGCCUUCUGCUCUGGUGGAUAGCUUAUUGGCUGUCUGCACGCAAUACGGUAGCACUUUUCUGGGUGAUGAGGAGGAUUUCGCAAGUGGCGAAGAAGAGCCACAGGCGGCGCAUUUUCAUACAGUCGCGCAUGCUUUCUACGAUCGGAGUCAGCGCAUGCUGAUGGAUACGCUGGAACAUCCUUCAAUCCCGACCCUGCAGAGCCAGAUAUACUGCAUAAUAUACCUAUACAACAUUGCACAUCUAGAUACCGCUCUUGCACUUCUUGGGACUGGCAUCAGAAUUGCUCAUAUGCUGCGGUUACACCUCCGACCUUUGGGCGAUCUCCCAAGGGCAACACAAGAGCUGCAUUCUCGGAUUUGGUGGACCUUGUACCAGCUAGACAGCCAAAUUUCAAUGUCGCUUGGCCGUCCACCCCUAAUUAAUCCGGCUGAGGUCGGAUGUGCGAUUCCCACAGACAUGCGUGACGCGGUGCAACUGUCAGGCACUGUGUUGGUAUCACCUCCCGAAGAGGAGCUUACUUGGCUCAGCUUCCAUUUACAUUAUAUCCGCCUGACAGCUGCGGCGCGUAGUGUUCAAGAGGUUUUCGCUGCGCGCUGCGAUGAGAUGUUGCAGGAGAAAGACAUCCAAGAUAUCCAAGAGGAUCCGCCUGCUCUCGAGUUACUCUCAAGAUUUAUGAGCAGCCAAAUUCGCCCCAUGUAUGACUGGGUGCAGGCCGUACCAUUGUCUCUCAAGAAUCAACGCAAGGGCUCAGGCGAGGCCUUGUCGACAGAUCGCACACCACUGAACUUAAAUCCUGCUAGCCCGCUAUGGCUACAGCGCCAAAGACUUCUCUUGGAAAUCACAUAUCAUCAUCUGCAAAUCGCCACCCUUCGCCCCUUUAUUCGCUUUCCUCCACGAGGCCCAUCCCUCACCCCACUGACCGACGGUCUCGGAAUUUCUGCUCUAAAUCACGCCGUCGUGUUGACUAAUAUAUUGAAAUAUGUGCUAUCAGAGACAGAUAUUCUGUCCGGUUGGACUCCAGCCUUCCAAUACCAGUGGGAUGCCACCAUCUGCCUCAUAUCAUUCACGCUGGCGAACCCGGUGUGUCCUCCGACCCCAGCCGCACGAAACGUCUUGCCAGCGGCGUUCGAAAAUCUUAGUACUCUCGGCAAGACCUUUGCCCCUGGACACAACUCUAUCCGACUUGCAUGGGAGCAGUUCCGUUCCAGUUCAAGCCGGCGUGGGUGGUCCCAGUUGAUGUCUCCUAGUCAGAGUGCCUCUGACACAGCGGGGCUGCUAGGGCCCGUGUCUGCCACUGGCGUUGAUUCGAAUAGCAUGCGACUCACUGGCACUGGGGGGAUGGCUUCCGUCUCACGGCCUACCGAUCCAUUUUCGAUGAAACGGCCCUCCAAUGCGAUGCCGGGAAACGAAUACUUCGAUCCAGUCGCUAUGACUCCGCCAAUGCACUUCAUGGAUGCAUCUUUCAGCCUUCCUAUGGAUAUGUUCAUGGGAACUGAGAACCGGUGGAUGUCGAAUGGUGCGGUAUCUUUGGAUUCGUGGGAUGUGCCUGGAUCUCAAUGA